UCAUCCGGAAGGCCAGAUCCGCGUUAUCGUUGUGAAAUUUUGGGACGAAAAUGUAUCGUACUUUCGACGGAGGAGGAGAAAGAUAAUCGAGUUAAUAAAAGAAGAACGAAAGUAAUAAAAGUGAAGAGUGUGCGGACGCUUUAUCCUCGGCUCUUUUUCUUUUAUCUAUAUAUGGUGGUACAUUAAUUAGCGUGCGCCGAACGGACCCCGAGGUCAAUCGAGUUAAACGUCACGACACAGCUUCGCGCGCUACUCGUUCAAGAGUCAAUGAGUCGAAAGAGACUGCUGCGUGUUAACUCGUUAACGGGAUCGUCAUUAAAAUAGAUCGCUUUUUUCUUCCUCUCGGAAACGAAACUUGACAAAACGCAAGGAAUAGAAAGAAAAGUAAGCGACGCGACCAAGGAUACGCGACUAGAGAGAGACAGGGAGAGAGGGAGAGAGAGAGAGAGAGAGAGAGAGACGAAAAAGGACUACUGCGAUCGGUGAGGCGUCACAGUUUAAAAAUACGACUGGUCGACAGUCGCUACCGAUCGACAUCGCCGAGAAGCCACCGUCUAAGACGUGUUCUAUAGCAUGCGAUAGAACGAGAAAGAGAGAAAGAGUAAACGAAGAGAGAUAGAAAGGAAGGAAGGAAGGAAGACGGAAAGAUAAUCCUAUCCCAGUCUAUAGUCUUCGGACUCGGUGACGUCAGGUUGGAAGAGUAAGCGGUACGGAGUGGUCUCGAACUUGCGAAAGAAAGGAAAGCGAGCGAAGAGGAGAAAAAGAAGGAGAAGAGUCUUCUCGUUCGACCGUGUGGCUUGCGUUUACCUUUUUACCGGCCGGCUUCGAGAAACGUAGAGCGCCGCCAUGUUGUCCGAAGUGAACGUUUUUUUCUGGCGGGCGUAACUCCUCUCUCUCUCUCUCUCUCUCGCUCUCUCGCUCUCUCGCUCUCUCGUCUCUCAAAGUAGACGUAAAGUUUCUCGUCGACGCAUGGUGUCUGUUCUACGAAGAGACGUCAUCGUGAUCGUCGACCUUCGUCAUCGAUCGCUCGGAGAAGGGGAAAGAGGUGGUGCCGCUGGAGGAGGAGGAGUUGCGAGGGUGGUGGAUGUGCCGGUUGUGUAGUGUCGGUGUUGUUAGCGGUGGUUGUGUUAACGGAGAAGGGCGCCUCGAGCGAGGCGAGCGGCGAACGAAGAGGUGCCUCCUCGUGUCGCGCGAACGAACGAUGCUCGACGCUGGUGUUACCGUCGCUCUCGUUAGACCGUACGAAGUCUCGCGAUGGAAGUCGACCGUUUCGUGACGACUCGUCGCGUACGGUCGAACAUCGAGAAAUCACCUCGGUUCCAAUUCAUUUCGCCUCGAAGGAACGAACGCUCGCCGACGUCCUCCGUCAUCGUUUCCGUCGCGCUGUCGCGUUCUCCAGUUACUUCGAAUUCCUCGAAAACGCUUCUCCGUCCACUCUUCUCUGCCGCCGUUGAAAAACUCGUCCAGCGCGAUCGUCUCCUCCUCCGGUGCGACUAUUUUACCAAGGAGAGAACUUCUUCGUGCUUGAAAGAUUUGUGACGAGUAAAGAAGACUUAUUUGGGAAGGUGUCGAUUCGAUCAAAGUUGCGUAUGGUGCUUCGAACGGAAGGUGAAGAAACGUUGUCUUCGUCGUCACGGUGUUUCGAUAGUCGACGCGUUACACGCUACUGCGCGUCGUGAAAACAUUGGUGCUCGAAGAAGAGAAAUGGGAAACCACCCGUCCGCCCACCAGCCGCUCGAGAGGGCUACCAGCCAUGCUGGAAAUGGUCUUCGUCUCUCGAAGCGCGAGAGAUCGCCGGGAAAGAGGAUGGACCGGCUACGACGGAGCUUUCGAGACAGUUUCCGACGGCGAAAAGAUCCACACGUACCGGAAUCGAGUAAGCCCCAUCAAUGGCAAGCGGACGAGAGCGCAGUACGUUCCGCUACUUGCGCUUUUCACGUCAAGUAUUUAGGAUGCGUCGAGGUAUUCGAGUCGAGAGGAAUGCAGGUUUGCGAGGAGGCUUUGAAGGUGCUCAGGAAUUCCAGGAGAAGGCCGGUGCGCGCGGUCCUUCACGUGUCCGGCGAUGGACUGCGCGUGGUCGAGGACGAGACGAAGGGAUUGAUCGUCGACCAAACGAUCGAGAAAGUUUCUUUUUGCGCUCCGGAUCGGAAUCACGAAAAAGGCUUCAGUUAUAUAUGCAGGGAUGGUACGACCAGGCGGUGGAUGUGUCAUGGAUUUUUGGCCUUGAAGGAGUCGGGUGAAAGAUUGAGUCACGCUGUUGGAUGUGCGUUUGCCGCGUGCCUGGAGAGAAAGCAACGUAGGGACAAAGAAUGCGGUGUAACGAUGACGUUCGAUUCGAAGACGUCGACCUUUACGAGGAGCGGUAGCUUCAGGCAACCGAGUCUUACCGAAAGAUUGCAGGAUACGCGUGAGCGUGCUGUAGAUGUUCCUCCGGUGAAGCAGGUGUACAACCCCUUCGCUAUCGAGAGACCCCAUGCCACGCCUUCUAUGUUAGAACGACAAGGAUCCUUCAGGGGUUUUACCCAAUUGAAUCAAGCGUCUCCGUUUAAAAGACAGCUCAGUUUACGCGUAAACGAUCUUCCUAGUAAUCUCGAGCGUACACGCAGUCACAGUCUCGAGCCCACGGAUUUAUCGCGAAUGCCAUCUACCAUACAGCACGUCGUACCUUUAAAGCCUCCAGAGUACGAAGGAUAUGACGAAGUGAGCCCGAUACCGGAGAUAUCGCCAGGUGGACAGGAUAGCGUUUCUGCGAUGUGUCAACAGUUGUCCCACGGACUUUCCUUGCUUUCGAGCAGCGACGAUUUUGGGCCAUUGCCUUCUCAAGCCACGACCAGUUCCGUCGCGAAGCAACUUUUCAUGAACACGAACAAUACUCCUCCCGUAACGAGUAGCAGCUCGCUGGACGACAUGAAACUACAAAACGGACCGAACUUGAACAACAACAACAACAACAACAACAACGACGACGACGACAAGAACGAGGAUAUCGCGAAUUUGAACGACGUGAGACCAAGUUGGCAAGAGUCAUCCCCAUCGCCGAUUCUCGCGGUGAAUCCUAGGCUUACGCCCGUUCCGAACAAGUCCAGUAACUUAAGUCCCAUUCUUCCGAGGACGAGCGCAGCCACGCCCGUGGUUAUGAGCACUCCCGCGCCCAACGUGGGCGUCUUCGGGACGCCUACAGCGGCCAGUCCCGCUUUUAGCACGGCCUCUACCUCUUCGCUCGGAAGUGCUUCUACGGCGGUGACGGCGAACAAAUCGUCGAUUCCAGUGAAUAAUCCGGUAAAAAAAGUGGCAACGUCGAGGAGCACCUCUCCUAGCGCUAGUGUAGCUUCGGCUUCUUCCUCGUUGGCCACGGCCGUGGUCAGUGACGGCUCUGGGAUUUGCCCGAUCGCUAUUCCUACGACUCCGGUUCAGCCGGUAGCAGCGGCAGGUACUCUCCCAAAACCCGAACAAUGGCUGGGUAGUAUAACGGGAGCGGUGCCGGUGGUAUCAGCGGCGCCUCAACCGAUCUCGUCCGUAUCGCAAGCUUCGACCAGUCCACGAAGAGCACCGCCGUUACACGCAAGGGCUCUCUCUCUCGGCUCGGCCGCGACGAGCGGUCAAGCGAGUAGAGGAGGUCCUUCCGAUCCUUUCGACGCCGAAUGGGCGGAAAUAGCGGCAAGGAAUCUUCGGCAGUCGACGACGACGAAUCCCUUCGUCGUUCCUAACGCGACUCAGGCCUUCCAGGUGCAAUUGUAGCGCCAGGAGUUCGUGAACAGCGUCGCCAAGUACUUUCGCUCGAACACAUAGUGACGGCUGCACGUACGCUCGCGCCUCGAUCUCACCCACGAUCGUAGGUAUUAUACGUGAAGAUGAGAAGGAAGGGAGGGGGGAGAAGGAGAAGGAGAAGAAGAAGAAUCGAUUUCUUCCUCUCCAUUCGUCUAUUCUCCUGACCGUAAAGACGAGCGAAACUCGACUUGGAUCAUUGCUUGGUUUUUCUCGUCACGAGACGACGAUCCCUGACACGUACCUCAUUGUUGUCGCUGCGGUGUUACGGAGAAAAAGAGACGACGAGCGUUUAGCAACGAAUUUGCAUACGAGAAAGGAAAGAGGAGGGCAAAUAGGAGGAAGAGAAUAUCCUAGAGAUUCUAUCGCUUAAUUAUUGUAGUUAGAAAACAAAGUAUGCGCACAGCCUCGAUAGAAGCACGCGUUAAUAUUAGGAGGACGUUGAUGACGAUACGACGACGAUGAUGCACGCUCAAAGAAAGUCAACGAGAAAGAACGAGGGGAGGAAUGUUGAAAGAGAAGACGAGACGUAAAUGCGCUUUCAAAGUAUAAUACGUCUCUCUGUGUGUGCGUGUGUGUAUGUGUGUGCACAAUAUAUAUAUAUAUAUAUAUAUAUAUAUAUAUAUAUAUUACACACACCACACGUACAUAUUCUUCGACCGAUCGAGGAAAGACUGUAGACGACGAUAAAAAGAGUACUUAUGCGAGGAAGGGCAGCCUUCGAAGAAGAGCCGCAUAUCUGCUAGUUAGCAUAUUUAAAUGUUCGUCCGAUGACGUUUAAUAUUCGAAUAUUAAAAGUAAUCUUGAUAGUCUAGGCUCCAGCCGAGAGCGGUUAUCGUUGUUCUGCAUGAGACGCAAAAUUGUAUGCACCAAGAGAUUACGCUGCACCGAGUCUAUCUCCUUAUGGCUCCGUUUCGAGACAUUUUAUUAUUUUUUAUUGUUUUUUUCGUUUCAUAAUCGGAAAAAAGAAAAAAAAAGAGAGAAAACUAUAAAAAUAAACGUAGUCGGCUCGUGAUCGUACUAGGCACGUGCGGUUUUUCGUUUUCGACAAGUUUGAAGUCGAUCGAAUGCGUGAUAUUUUAAACGGCAAUGUUUUCGCGAUGAAACUGUGAUAUGUAUUCGAAAUGGACAACGUCCGAAGAAUGAUAAAGAUAAAGAUGACGGGUACGAUCGCGAGCUGUCAAAGCACCGACUACUCUACUGUUCCCUGUCCGGCAAAACGCACGUAGUUACUUAAAAUAAACAAAGAAUUUAGAUGUUGAAAUUAGAAAGCAGUAAAUCCUGCACUAUCGUUGUCUAUUAUACGUAUGGUCGAAUUGCAUUUAAUAUUAUCGAGGAUUAUAGGAGCGAAGGAGAACGUAUACUUUCACGAAUAUCGAGAUACGAUGUAUCAUGACGUAAGCGUUGCAUAUCCAUAAAAUUAGUAAACUAAGUGAAAUGAAAUGGAGCGCUACAGAAGAGAGAGAGAGGGAGAGAGAGACAGAUAGAAAACGAUCGUCAACCUUGACGAGACUUGUACGUCAAGAAACUAAGUCAACAGAGAGAGACUCCUCGGUCCCUCGUACUAGAAAAAAAAACAAAAAAAAAACACAAAAAAAGAAAACAAAAAAAAAUAUUGUGGUAGUAUCUCAUCUCGGGGCUUUCUGUCUUUCAUUAGCGGUGGCUACGCUUUCGUUUUAUUUUUCGUAACGGAUCGGAAGCAGAGCAAGUCGAAAGAAUGGAGAGAAGGAUGAACGAGCGCGAAUCGGAUAGAGAAGCGAAGCUUGCAUUUUCUUUUCUUUUCUUUAUGAAAUCGAUAUUACGAGAUACGCGCUCGAUCGUUACUUGGACGAGCUGUAUGCAUUGUACAUAAAGUAGUAUUUAAAUGUAAUUCGAUAAGAAGAGAGAGAGAGAGAGAGAGAGAGAGAGAUAGAUAGAGAUAGAGAUAGAAAUAGAGGUAGAGAGAGAGAGAGAGAGAGAGAACGAAAGGGAGAGAGUGCGAUUUAAUGAACCGAUACGGCUGAGAAAAAAACGACGACGAAUGUUUUCCCUUUAAUCGCAUUACUUGUCAAGUUUCAUAGAAUAUUGUCUUCGCUUAGGAAAUUUAUUUAUUGAAAAGAUCCGUUCUUGGUACAUGACACGUGUGUACUAUAUAAGAUAUUUUUGUGUAUUACAUCUUUUAGAAGUUUCGGAGAAUGUUGGAUAUUAGAAGACCGUCCUGCCAAUUUACCCUUCUUACCACACUGCUAUACGCUUUAUACACGCGUAGCUACGUAGUAAAUUUAAGGGGUGCCAAGUCCACCGUUAACAGCUUUCUCUAACCACCAUUCGCGUAGCAUAGUUUCUGUUUGAAGAUCGAUUUCGUGAUAUGGUGGUCUAUUCGCUUAUAUUAAGAUCACUUAUUGUCGGUUAAACUAUGUGCUAAAUAAUCGAUUAUAAGCACAUCUCGAUUGUAAGCUAUCUUUUCGCGAAUUGUCCUACGAUUACGUCAAACGUAAAUAUAAACACGUAGGUGAUCGUCCCAUUUGUCCAUCGUGCAACACAUAUUUUCCACGAAGAAUGUAUAUUACAAUAGUCGCUUUUUAUUCUCGGUUAUUUUAUCGUUCGUGUCGGAAAAAUGAGCAGUUUCGUUUAUGAAAUUGUGAUAUUUUUCGUUACCUCUAGAGAUUAGAUUUAAGUUAGAGAUAAUAUUUUAUCGAAAAGCAUCCAAAAGCGAAGCGAUAUCGUUGUAUGAGCGAUUAGAUCUUUUUUUUUUUAUUGUUCAAAGUUCAAACGAACAAAAUGCAAAGAUAAAAAUAUCAAGGAACAUUCGUCCUCGUUUUCAGAGGUCAGUAUGGAUGGUUUUCACGAAGCCACCUUCCGUCCGUCCCGAAAAUCAAAAGAAAUUAAAAGGAAAAAAGAGAUCGAAAAGAACAAUGAGACGGGGAGAGAGAGAGAGAGAAUACAAUAGAAGGUUUACGAAGAAAGCACAAGCGUGAUUGUUAUGUAUUGCGGCCGUACUUAUAAAUAUGUGUUGGUUAGUCAUGUACUUAAGCAUCGAAUGAUAAACACAAACAACGUACACGGUAAACACGAAACAAAAACACACACGUAUACGUACACGAACAGAGCACAAAGAGACAUAUCCAGUCACGAUCGUUGCUUGUAUUCGCGAGUAAUCGGUGCGAUCAUUUCGUCGGCGUCCUUCUCAGUUUCCAGACGAGCUUAUAUUUUAAGCUUCUCUCGGGAAAUACGAGCGUGCGUGUAGAAAGGAAAGAAUAAAGAAGAAGAAGAAGAGUAAGCGAGCGAGAAGAAAGUUCGAGAGAGAGAGAGAGAGAGAGAGAGAAAGAGGUAAAACGUGUAUAUAACGCAGCCACGGCGAUUCGUUACUGACAUUUCGUCUUAGGUACUUAUUAUUACUGUUUUUAUUUCAUUUUCCUUUACCUUUUUUCUAUACCACUUGUUUCAAUCCCUCGCUCCGCGCGUACGUUAGGCGAGCGCGUAUUCCAAGCUGAUUGGAAAUCGAAAGCCGGACGGCGAGUCCGCUCGAUCGAACGCAAGCUUCGUUUCCCUGGAAAAUUCUAGCGCGAUGUCUAAUGCGCGUUAGAUGGGAAUGGCACGAAAUAGAAGAGAUAAGUAUAAAAGGAGAGGAAGGGAGAGAGAGAGAGAGAGAAAAGGAGGCUCGUUCCACUUUUUCGCAUUUCAUCUUUUUCUUUGUUCAAAUUCUUUCUUCUCUCUUCUCGCGUACUAUUUUCAUGAAAUAAUACACCAGGAAGCGAGAGCAUUGCGCGUUUAGACGUCCCGACUCUUGGAAAAUUGAAAAAAUACAGUGCAAAAGGGACACCUAAGCGGAAAUCGACGGACAAAGUAAACGUACCGCGUGCCAAAUUCGAAAGUGCAACCACGCUGGCUGCCGAUUCGGCGACGAUUAUCGUUGUACACGCUUUCGUGGUUGUAUUGUACAUAAUGUUGCCGAUCGAUUCCUGGAUCAAACGUACAACUUAAUGCGUGUAUAUUUCGUAAAAGAUAUCCUUGUUCAUUUUACAUUGUAUCUGCCCCUGUAAAGAUACGGUUUAUUAUAUAAUGUCUGUUGUGAUUACGAAAA